AUGGCUUUCAUGCAUCCGUAUGAGAAUGAAGGUCUUCGCCUGGAAAUUGGGUGUACCAUCGCUGAAAUGUGCGUCAGGCGCCUUGGAGCUGUUAAGGGCUCAAACAUGGGCUGUCUCAACUUGCGGGAGAUGCCUAUGCAUCCUCACUCUGAUCCAGCUAGUUUUCCUCAACAUAAUUUCACAUCCGAAAAUGUGCCAUUCAUGGUCUCCUUAAGACAUGAGCCUCCGCCUGUAAGAUAUAUUCAGUCGCCCAGCCAAUGGAAAUUUAAUGGUCUUGUAGGGCCAAGAUAG